AUGGAGAUGGACCACCUCGCGGGGAGGCUCGCCGCGGCCUCCGUCUCCUCCCCCGACGACCCCGCCCCCGCCCCCGCCGCGGGAAACGACGGCAGCCUCCUCGACGUCAUCCGCGCCGUCGAGCGCGCCGAGGGCACCAUCCGCGACCAGUUGCAGGAGAACAGCAGGCUCAAGGAGGAGCUCAUGAAGAAGACGCGGCUGCUGCAGAGGGUCAGCGAGGACGCCGCGUCCCAGGCCACUUUCGGUGGCGGCGGCGGCGCGGGCCAGGAGCCCAGCGCAGCUUCCGUCGUCUCCAACAAGAUGGACGGCACCAAGCCUUACGACGCCGCUGCUCCGGCGAACCCGCGAGGCGCCUCUGCUCUCCGUCAGAACGGGGUUUCAGAGGGUGGAGGGGACCACCUGAUGCAUGAGCAGAGUAGACACAACAAGUACCUCCACAGCGGCCAGGCUAACGGGGCGUUUAGAAGGGAGCCGGCAGGCAUGGACAAUGGUGGACCAUCGCACUUCUCCACUCCGUCGUCUCGCUCCAUUUCUCCCACCAGGCCGAGAAAAGAAGGCGAUUAUGAUUCCAGACUCAACUUAUCUGGACAGGGGCUACUGCCUGUUUCAGAGAUGAACUCAAACGUGUCCUGGAAGCAGGACCUUACUGUUAAGGUCAGAGAACACGAAGAAGAGAUCACACAGUUACGGAAGCAUCUGGAUAACUACAUAAUAAAGGAAGCACAAAUACUCAAGGAAAAAUCGGUGCUGGAAAAACGCAUCGCUUAUAUGCGUGUGGCAUUUGAUCAUCAGCAGCAAGACUUGGUUGAUGCAGCAUCAAAGUCUUUAGCAUAUAGACAGGAUAUUAUCGAGGAAAACGUCCGCCUAGCAUAUGCAUUGCAGACUGCACAUCAAGAGAGGUCAAUGUUCAUAUCCUCUUUGCUGCCAAUUCUGUCUGAAUAUGAGAACCUACGACCGCCUGUCCCCGAUGCUCAAUCCAUUGUUGGUAAUUUGAAGGUUUUGUUUAGGCAUCUGCAGGAGCAACUAAUGCUUACCGAGUUGCCUUGUGUGCAAACUUGGAUGAUGCAGGAGAAAGUUAAGGAGUCACAGUAUCAGAUUACCCCAUGGCAAAAUGAAUUGCCAAAUAAGGCCAGUCUUCCUGUACAGUCACCUAACAAUCCUCUUGGAAAAGUAUCGAACAAAGGCAGCCUUGAUAUUGUGCCCCAGACGCCAUAUCCUCAAGUACAAUCUCCAAUGUCUUCCCCUUCCCCUGUUCAAGCCAGAGGUAAUUGGAAAAACCAUCAAGUAAUUCCAAGUGAGGUUCCUACAAGAAUUAUGGAUCAAGAUUACGGAGGAAGGACCGCUCUUUCAAGCAGCAACCAAUUUAGGAAGGAUGUUCCUGCUCAAGCGUCUCAACGUGAUUCUGAUGCUCUGCAGUUUGGCUUCGUUGCUCAGAACUCGAGCCUACCACUCGAGGGCCCUAGUAGAAGGUAUGUCUUGGAUGAUUCUGUGGGCGCUGAAGAUCAACAUGUGCGAGAACCUGCUCAAUGGGGUUCUGGAGACUCACCUAAUAUAGAAUCUGGCCUUGAGGAAACAAACCCUUCAUAUCCUUAUCUUCCUACUGUCCCUGAGGAGCCUGGUUCUUCUUUUUCUGAAGCUGCAGAGGAUGACCCAUUGCCAGGCAUAGAUGGUCUUCGAAUCACGGGUGAACCUUUUCCUGGACGAGACCUUCAAGCAAGUGGGUUCUCCAUCAACGGAACCACAAGUUGUAAUUUUGAGUGGGUUCGUCAUUUAGAUGAUGGCUCCGUAAAAUUCAUAGAAGGAGCAAGGCAACCCACCUAUUUGGUUACUGCUGAUGAUGUUGAUAAUCUACUAGCCAUUGAAGUCCAACCCCUAGACGACAGAAAAAGAAAGGGUGACAUCGUAAAGGUUUAUGCUAAUGAUCAAGCAAAAAUCACUUGCGAUCCUCAAACAAAGGAACUCAUUAAGAAAACCCUUGAAGUUGGGCAUGUGUCUUAUCAAGUCCAACUGCCUCAGGUGAGAUUCUUAGACAUGUGGGAGCCAGCUGUUUUGGCAAUAAAGAGGGAAGGUUACAGCAUUAAAUGUAACGGGCAGCGUGGUGUUGUUCUCACGGAGAAAUUUCAGAAAGCAACUGCUAUUAAUAUUCCAUACGGAUACGAGCGCCAGACAGAGUUUUCGAUUGUGUCGGCUGAUGGUGACGAGUAUAAUGUCCAGCCAGCAGACAAUAACAUGUCGCGGGAUACGAUUGUGCUGGUGCUAAGACUGUUCAGAUCCAUGGCCGUCGAGAAGCGGCGAGGGAGGAAGAAGGGCCUCUUCUUCAAGUAG